AUGACUUGGGUACUCCGCCUGGGGUUGCUGGCCCUGCUGGCCCUUCGAUCAUAUGCCGGCUUCUCGAAGACGGAAGAGCUGGAAUGCAUGUUCCUCGGAUAUCCCGAUCUUGAGUAUGAUGGCUUUGACCGGACAGAGGUAUUGACGGAAAAGAAUUUCAACAAGACGGUCUUUGCCGAAGAUGCCAAGUCGGUCAUCUUCUUCAACGACGUCGAGGACGACGACCCGGAACUCGAUCAAUACGAGUGUUUCCUCCAGCUAUCCGCCCAAAUUAUGACCAAGCGCGGCUACAAUUUCUACACCGUCAACACCACCAAGGAGGUCAAAUUGAGGCGUCAAGAAGAGGUCGAAAAGGGCGAGGAUACGAUCCACGUCUACAAGGAUGGGUACAAGAUCGAGUACAACGGUGUCCGCGACCCGGAGACGUUCGUGUCGUGGCUGAUGGACAUCCCGGAUGAUCCGGUGACCAUCAUCAAUGACGAGCACGAUCUCGAGGAGUUUGAAGAGCUCGAGGACGAUUGUGUCAGGAUUGUUGGCUAUUUCGAGCCCGGAUCGGCCGCCCUGAAAGAAUUCGAAGAAGCCGCUGAAGAUUUUAUGGGGGAAAUCGAGUUCUACGCUGUUGUGAACAGCUACUGGGCCAGGAAAGUCGGACUCAAGCGAGUUGGUGAGGUGCAGAUGUGGAGGCCAUUCGAGGAAUCGCCACUUUUCGCUCCAACCUCUGUGGAUACCGAGGAGGAAUUCGAGGACUGGGUGGAGAAGCACAAGGAGCCGGUAAUGGUCAAGCUGCAGCUGGACAACUAUUUCAACGUCUGGCGCGACCCAGAGGAGGAUGAGCGCAUGGUACUGGCAUUCGUCGACGAGGAGACGCGUGAGGGCCGAGCGAUGAAGAAGCUGCUCGACAAGCUGGCCGACGAAAACUCGGAGCACGCCGGAACCCUGGAGAUUAUCCUUGUUGAUCCUGAUGAGUUCCCACUGAUGGUCGAUGUCUGGGAAGAGAUGUUUGGCAUUGAUAUCGAGGAGGGACCUCAGAUUGGAUUGGUUGAUAUUUCGGAGAAAGAAGGAAUCUGGUUCGACAUGUCCCAAGUGAACCUUGACGACCCGAAGAAGCACUCCGACUCCAACUUCGAAGUCCUCCAGACCUGGGUGGACCAGAUCAUGAGCGGGCAGAUCUCGUUGGAUGAUGAUGAUGACGAUGACGAGCCCCCGCCACCACCACCCACCAAAUCCGGAAAGAAAUCGAAGAAGGAGCUC